AUGGACUUCCCGUUCGAAUAUGUUGAACGUGCUUGCAGUUAUCCUAGUUUCAACAAUCAUUCUGUGAAAAAAUCAGCUUUUGAUGAAUCGAUAAAGAAAAUAGGAAAAUUGAAGCCAAAUGAUCAAGCUCAAUCAGAAGAAGAAGAAAUUUAUGGAGAAGCUCAUGAUACUGUUGUGAAUGUUAAAGAAAUGGAACUAUUGAAUAAGAUUAAAGAACUGGAAAAGGAGGCGAAAAAAGAAGAAGACGUGGAGAAGAAAAAGAAAGACUGGGUUGCUUACUUCUCGUCAUCAGAGUGCUCUUCUUCUAGAUCUGAAAAUAUAGAUUCUUUUGAUGACACUUCUGAAACUGAUGUAGUCGAGAAUCUGUUUGCGAAUGAGCAAGAGAAGGUAGCUAUGAAUUUACGAAAAUUUAAAAUAAUGCGUAAAUGUUGUUGCACUGAUUCUGAAUGCAAAACGAACACGGAAAUCACGAUUUCAUCGUCAUCUUCUUCUACUUCGACUUCAUCAGAAGAGGAGGGAAAAAGUAGUCCGAUGACAGACGGUUUUGAGAGUUCAGAAAUUGAAUCUGCAUUGAAAUCAAUGGAUCCAUCUUCUAAAGAGACAGACUCAUUUUCUGACGAAGAAAUGAAUAUUGAUGAUGAAAUUGAACACUUGGAGAAUUUAUUGAAAGAUAUUGUAAAAAGAGAAGAAAGAGGAGGUAGAAGUCAAGUAGAGGAAUCUGAUGACUCAGGUGAAGAGCUGGAUAAUAUGUUCGAUGAACAGAAAUCUAAGGCAAAGACAUCAUCAAAAUCAGCUGAAAAUCCGAAUGUAGAACAAGCAACAGCAGUUCCAAUGUCUAUUUCAUCAACUGAUUCAUCAACAACAUGCAUUUCUUCUGAAAUUUCAAUAACUGAUUCAAUUGAAAUAUCAUCAUCAGAUCCCGAUAUGGAAGAUCCGGAAUAUGACGUGGGAAAGUUCAAUUGGCAAUCAGAUGAUCUUUAUGAAUCAAGUGGUACAGACUCAGAGAUAGAAAAUCUUCUCGAAUUAUUGAGAGAAUCGAUGGCUUCUGUGGAGAGCGUUUUUUCGAGUGGAGCACUCGUUGGAGACGAUUCUCAAUUGCAGAGAGAGAAAAUGCAAAACUUCAAACAACCACUUCCUGAUUCUCUUGAGACUAAAAAGAAGAAAUACGCGAUGUUGGAAGAACAGGAUGACUAUGAGAAACUUGUAGAUAUAUCGAAACAACUUUGGUUGGUUCAACAACUCGAUAGCGGACGCAUUUGUUCCGUGAAACUAGUGAAUCGAAAGAAUCCAGAACCUCCAAAUUUACAGAUUAAUAUAGAUAGAGAAAGGAGAGUACUGUAUGAAUUGCUUCCAGAACUUUCACAACCAUCUCAUAUCGCUCGACUUUUAGAUAUCGGGUUCAACAAUGACUACAAGUUCUUGGUUUAUGAAGAUUUGGGUAUGAAUCUGCUGACAGUUUUCGAGCAAUUCGGACCUGCAUUAUGUCCUGCGACCAUAUUUCUCAUCACCUACUUCACGUUUAAUUCUAUCAAGGAACUUCACUCACUUGACUUUGUUCAUUGUGAUAUUCGUCCGUCCUCUUUCAGUGUCAUCCAUUAUCCAUUUAAUAUUAAAAUUUGUGAUUACUCAAAAUGCGUGAAGAAAAAGCCUCUCCUGAAAACCACAGAUUCCAUGAGACCAGAAUCGUUUUCUCCGAGAAUUUUCCAUCGAAAAGACGGCGGAUUCGAUCAGUUUGUGGAUUUUGAAUCGUGGAUUUAUACGAUGCUAUAUUUGUGCACGUCGCAAGGCCUCCCUUGGUUUUCUGAUUCACAAAAUAUGUUAGAAAGGAAAGAAACUUUCUUCAACGAUCCCACGGACUUUGUUUAUAAUGGAUGUGCUGAUGCAAUUCCAAUGGCAGCUACCCUGAUUUCAGAUUCAAAAGUAACCUAUGAGGAUUUCUUGGAUCAAAUGAACUUCAUUUUCUCUGUAGAUGUGAUGCAGUUCUCAGAUAAUACUCAACCAAGACUUUGGAGUAUCAAAGAAUUUGAAGAGAUCAGAAAGAGUAAACGCCCGGAAAGUGACGAUGACAAUGCAAUAGAGCUAAUUGAAAGUCAUUGGAAUCCAUUGGAUGAAUCAGAUUCAGCAGAUGGAAGAGAUACAGAUGAAAAUGAAAAAGGGAAAAAUGAGAAAGAAAAAGAGAGAAAAUCAAAGAAUGAGAAGAAGAAGAUGUCAGUAAAAGAAGAGAAAACAGCAAUAUCCUCAGCUGAGUUGUCUUCGGAACAAUGGUCUGAGUCAAGCUCAGGACUUGAAAAGAAGAAAAUGCCGACGAAACCUACAAUUCUUAAGAUAGUGCCUCCUCCAAGAUCUCCUCCGAAAAAAGCAGAUUAUAAUAUGGAAGCAUCGAGUGCAACUGAACAGUUCUCAAUGCCAUCAGCUAUGCCAAGGGGUAAACCGUUAACUCCUGUGAAGGUUGAGAAGAAGAAACCACCACCACCGCCUGCAGUUGAAGCUCCGAAAGCUCCAAAAGGGAAAAAGAAUAAACGUCAACUUCUUACUCGGCAAUUCAUGUUUGAAAUGAACAAGGAUUUGAAUUCAGCACAGUCGUCGAUUUCUUAUGAUUCAUCUGCUUCUUCGUUCUCGUCAUGGACGUCAUCAACGGGUUCUUCAGAGGAUUUGGAUAUUGGGGAGAAAGCAUUUAAAUGGAGUCAGAAGUCUGGUGAUGAAUCAAAUGUUGAAUUCUUUGAAGAUUUGAAUCCAGCAGAAAGAGAAGCUUAUCGUCAAUACGAGAAUAUGGUUGCUAUUCGUUACCAAGAUAAUCUUGCUCCAUCCUCUAGUUCCGAAGUGGACCCACUCUCUGAUAUUGAUAGUGAGGAGAAGCAGGUUAUUAUAGACGAAUUGAAGAAACGAGAUGUGGCACUGGGCUGGGAUAUGAUUAGUAAUAAAGACACAUCUCAAGAAGAGAUUAUGCCCGAAGAUCAUCCAAAUGAGAUUGUGAAGCGUAAGAAGAAAGAUAGAAAGGAGUGA